AUGGAGUACAAUGUAGCUAUGAAUGGUGGAGAUGGCCCUAACAGCUACACCCGGAAUUCCAAAAUACAGGAAGAGGCAUUGAAUGGUACAAAAUCGCUGUUAAUUGGAUGCAUAAGAGACCAUCUGGAUUUACAGAAAAGUUGCAAUGUUUUCAGGAUCGCAGACCUUGGAUGCUCAGUAGGCCCUAACACUUUUUCAUGUGUUAACACCAUAGUACAAGAAGUGCAGCUCAAGUUCAAUGCUCAAUUUCCAGGAUUCACCAGCCUCCCCGAGUUUCAAGUUUUCUUUAGUGACACCUUUAGCAACGACUUCAACACCCUAUUCAAUGCUCUUCCUUCGGAUAGGGUGUACAUGGCAGCUGGAGUUCCUGGCUCUUUUUACGGUCAGUUGUUCCCAAAACGGUCCAUGAAUUUCAUGCACUCUUCUUUCUCUUGUCAUUAGCUUUCUGAAGUUCCUAAAGAAGUACUAAUAAAGGACUCCAGAGCGUGGAACAAAAGCAGAAUAAGUUAUGUUAGAAGUUCUUGUGAAGUCAAACAGGCUUUCGCUGCUCAGUUUAUGAGCGAUUUUCAAGCUUUCAUUGAUGCAAGAUCUGAAGAGUUAACGCCUGGUGGGUUAAUAUUCAUAUCCAUCCCAUGCAAGAGCAAUGAAUCAGAACUAUGCAUCUUGGAUUCAGCGGAUGUCUUGGGAGACGCUUUCGUUGACAUGGUUAAGGAGGGCCUGGUAGAGGAAGAACUUUUCGACUCGUUCAAUCUACCACUCUACAUACCAACACCGUCUGAGUUGAUUAAACUAGUGUCCAGUGAUGAGCAUUUGAAUAUUCUCAAGGUGGAGGAAUCAUUUGUCAAAGUAAAGCUGAGUUCUCCUGAAGAUAUUAUGUUUGAAAGUUCUCAUCUGAGAGCAGUUAUGGAAGGCAUUAUAAAAAAACACUUUGGGCCAGAUAUUCUCAUGGAUGACCUUUUUCACCGAUACUGCAAUAAACUCAAAGUAUUCUCAAACCAGUUUAAGAAUUAUGACAAGGUUGGUAUUGUUUCUGUAGCUGUUGAACGAGUGAUCAUGCAGGAUGAACUCGUUUAG